AUGGUUAAGGUCGUACAAAGAGCAGUUUGUUUCAGCAUGGACAGAUACAUGUAUGCACCUCGGAAGCAAUUCAAGUCAAAGGGCAGAGUCUGCACAUGCAAGGCUAAAGCUAUAUAUUUGGGGGAUACCAUGUCAUCGCUACAAACAUCUUUUGAUAAAAUAAAAAAGAUGUUGAAAAAUCAGUUCGGGGAAAUUAAGAAGUCAUUCAAGAAAUCAUUGAACAUUCCACGCCACAAACAAUUACGUGAUGACAUUUUUGAUCAGGUAAGGUGUCGCAUUUCAUUAGAGGCAAUGGAGUUCAUACAUGAUCAGCUAGAAACCGCUUUAGAAGUAUCCCCCCACAUUGUUGGCUAUUGCAACUGUACGAUCAAAAUCACACACGGAUUGCCAUGCAUGCACGAUCUUGCAUAUUAUCGUUCCAUUUCCACUCCAAUUCCGCUAUGGAGUAUCCACGCUUAUUGGACUAGGUUGUCUAUGCACGCAACCGAGUUUAAUGAGGAUGGAGCACAACCUGACAGGACAUCUCAGGUCGUUGAGAUAUUAGAUGGGAUGGAUCCACCUAUGCAAGAGCAUAUCAUAGACAGGAUUAUCGAUAUGGCAGAUCCAUCUCGUAGCACAGUUCGACCUCCAUCGUACAACACAGAACAUAGAGGUCGACCUACAGGUAGAGAUGAGCAAAGUACACGUCGCAUACCUUCUUUCUCAGAAGCAUCCACUUCAGGAUCAAGGACUGCAACAUCGCGAGUGAGAGGGAGAGGAAGACGUGGGAGGGGUUUGGGGGUUCGCAACACUCAAUUUAUAGUUCCAUCCAUCACUGAUCGCUACAUUCAACGAUUACCUCAGGCUUAUCAGCGUUAUAUUUUCCACACUGUUGACGUGUUAGGUGAUGGUCAUUGUGGAUUCAGGGCGAUAACUGCACUAAUCGGGUAUAGUGAAAAUGAUUGGAGUCGAGUAUAA